UGUCGAAGCUGGACGCUUUUGCAGCAGCAUAACCAGCAGCAGCCGAAGUGAGUAAAUUUGAAGAGAUCCUUUGGCUACACAAGAAGAAAACAUUGUACGGUUCUAGGGCCGAUUGUGCGUGGGCCCUAGUAGCUCAGUGUAAUUAGUCGACAACGAUUGACAAGAGAAGAGUGCGUUUAGUAGUUACGUGAAUCAUAUCGCGCCGAUGUUUCGCCCUCGCGAGGACUCCGACUCUGUGCUCGCUCGUGGUGUUCAAGUGAAAAAUUGUCGAACCGAAACGACGUUAAAUAAGGCAAGCAUAAAAAAACACGGUAAACCGAGAGAAGCAGGAAAAUAAUACAUGAACAGCGCGCGCUCUCGGAAAGCGACUUUAGCGUGAGGAACACAAAAGAAGUUUUUAAGUUCUGCCUAAGUUGGCUGUGUGUUCUCGAAAGGGGGAAAAAGGCAGUGGAAGCGCGACGACUAGUUUGGACUUGGUUCACUAACUUUUGAUCGUCCGGCCGGCCAGUUUCCAGGGAAGAAAAGUGCAAAAAUAGGAACACGAACCGCUGCGUACCAAAGAUCGAUCCUCGAAGGAAAUCAGCUGAAAUCAUAGUGUGACACAUAGGAAUCAUUAGUGGACUAUCGUUACUCCUUAGUACUUAGCUCUAGCGCUUUAUUUAUUUCAAGAUUGACAAUUUGUGAUUUCAGUCAAAUGCUUAUAAAACUUAAUUAAUGUAACCCCGUACCCAGUAAGAUACGCAAAGCAACGCACAAAACAAAUCUACGCACUGCAAUCGCUCCAAAUACGAAACGAAACCGAUUCAAGCAACAAGUAUUUCAUUAGCCGUAAGAGUGCACCGCAAUUUAGGAAGUAAUUCAAACAAAAAUCAAAACUCAAAACAAACACACGCAGUAACGAGAAUACAAAGAACGCAUUUCCAUCACCGAUAAUCGCUUUAACGAGUAAUCAUAGCUGCGAUAUAACUAAAUGAAAAAUCAUCUCCUGUUGACGUUAUAAACGAGAGCGGGACAACUGAGAACUUAUUGUGCAUUUAUCGCGCGGAUGAAAAGCUUUUCCUGAAAUUCCGUCCAACGCCUUCCGACGUGGUUCAUCCUGUAGAUUCGACAACACGGAGCAAUCGAUAUACGCUUUACAAAAGAUUUUCUUUAUUUUACUGUUCCAUCGCAAACCUUAUUCUCAUUCUGAAGACUGAGCAACCUAGAGAUCUACAAAAAGGAAAGAACUACUUCAGUAACGUCUGUUUAGGAUUAAAGCAGCUACUACAAUAAAAAAGCAGAUAUUCAACAUUUACGUGUAAGGCUAGAUUCUAACGAUACUCCUCCAUCGAGCAAUAUAUACUUUUAUCGUACUAGAAGUAAGCGCACUGCGAAACUGCAAUCAUUUUCACGACAAAAAAAAUCAAGCUACAACAGGCUGUCAACUCAACCAAAUAUUAAGUUAUACGCUUAGGAUAAAAGGAUCUAUUUAUUACACAAAAUCGAACAACAACAAAACACCGUCAAAAUGUUACCAAGCAAUCAGCACCAGCAGCAUUCGUCUUCACAGCAGCAGCAGCAGACGGCAUCUCAGCUAGAACAGCAACACCUGCUCAACGUGGUGGGCAUGAGUGGCUCCUACACGGCGACAUCGACCAGCUACAGCAUGAGCUAUCCGGUGGUAUCCGGCCACCAUCUGAACGAAAACAACAACCUUGAGAUGCACCCAUCGUACGGCAAACCGGCUGCACAUGUCGCUCAUCAGCUCCCGCCAGCAUCGCUCAUCACACUGCAGCCGGUUCCGCUGGAUGCGCACCAUUCGACGCUGCACCACGUGUCCAGCUUGGGACCACAAUCGUCACACUCGGUCACAUCGCUGCCCCCGCCCCCACUUUCACAGCAAACGAUGGCGAAUAUAGGCCAUGUUUCCCAGCAUCACCAAUCCAGCUCGCAGGAUCUCUCCAACAUGAGUCACGGAUCGUCGAUGAACGACCCGAACGGCAGUGGUAGGUAUCGGGGUCCCCGUUGAGCGUAAGUGCAAGCGAACUGAUUCUCGUUUCAGCGUAGCAUUCCUCUAGCACACAGGAUCAUCUUCAUAUCACCACCACACGAACAAUGCCCGGAUUAGAGUUACCCGAGCCCGGAGGAGAACAAAGCGUGAAAUAAGUACCACCCGAAAGAUUUUUUCAACUGAAACACGAUUGAAAUGGACGCAAAACUUUGUAUAUAGCGUGUAUUCUACAGCGUCCAAUUUCAAUCGGCGACCCGCAGAUUGUAGGUCCUUCGAAAGGAUUUUUUGGGUGCAUUUUGAAGAUUAUCUUACACACCUUCUGUUCGCCAUCCCGCUCGGGUAACACUAAACCUGCACAAACUUCGCUCGUAAGGGAAUCCGAUCUAGCGCAGCGCGUUAAUUGGCAGUGACAGCAGGGGACAGCCGCCGCCUCAUCGAGCCUGGAACCCACCAACCCUCAUCUCUAACCACAGCAAUAACCGACUAACACGGCAUGUGCAUGACCUGAACUACCGCUACCUUUGUGUACAGAACAACCCACAGUUGACCGACUAAACCGACGCUAACAACAAACCCGCUAACAGUUAAUCCCUAGAGAGACAGAGAAUAAGAAACGACGCCCACUACGAAGGAGGAGGCCGCAAAUGGCUCAAAAGGUCAUCAAUUGACUCGCUAUAGGCACCCUCCCGGGCUUAAUCCGCGUUCGCUUAAAUUAGGCGCGUAAUAGUUAGGCAUUAAUCCCGCAAUACGCAGCAAACAAAUAUAGAGAAAAAAAUUUACGCCAAAGUUUCUAUUGGCGUGUCGUCUUCUUCCUUCGCUGGGUCUGGGACGAGAAGAGCCGAAGUCGCCGGAACGAAUUCGUGGAAACCGAUUUGACUUCUGCGAAAUGCGGUGGCCCAGAACGAAUUCAUUUCACCGGGGGGCAAGAUUGGGGACUGAACCUUUCUUCAGUUCCACGUUUGUUCGAUCACUCGCUGGCUAGAGUGAAAUUCGCAGCACCGCGAUCAAAUUUGCCGCCGCAGACUUCAACAAACAGCAUCGUGUUGUUGUGCAUUUCGACGACGCAUGCUUUGUUUAUGUCUUGCUCGCUGAGUCAGCUGUCAUUCGCGCUCGAUCCGAGAGAGGGAUGUGAUGCUUGUGAAGUGUCGAUAGUUGCAAUGUAAAAGAACACAAAGCAAAAGCACUCACCGCGCGGUCGAUGGGUGCGAAUGGGCGCUAUCUCAACUCCAAGGGGUAGAGCUCUGCUCAGACACUAGCAGCAGCGUGUUCCUCGCUCUUGUGUGUUUCUGGCACACAAGGAGUAUACCUGCUAAUUAGUCAAUUUUUCACCGUUAGUGCCCCGAGCUAAGACUUUCCGUAAAAGCAACGAUACUCCACAUCAUAUUGAAUUGUGUGCCACGUCUCUCGUGCAGCCGGGAAUCCGCCGCUCUAAGCUUGGUGAUAUAAAGAUAUUAUACAGUCAGCAAGUUCUGCUGAGCGAACGAAAAUCGUUUAGCAGGAAACGAAGAUGAAAAAAAGAUGGAAGAACCCGGGAGAGAAGCGGAGGGCGAUAUACUAGUGGGAGUGUGGAGACUGAAUAAAAUAAACAAAUGGUAGAAAAAACACAAACGCUGCUAGAUCGCGUUGAGGUUCGGACGCGCCGUGCAGAGACGGUAUUAUGAUCGUAAAAAUUCCAUCUAACGGAAUCCUAUUUCCACUCUUUUGAACACUGGUGGCUGGCGAUUCCGAAAAGUUCUUCCUGGAUCGGGAGACGUGGGGCGGUAAUAAUAAGCCUUCGCGAAGUGGAGCACCAUCAUGACGGGGCUGGAAUUAUCGCUGGCUGUUGUUGUUUUUAGAUUGGAUUUUACCCGACUACGGCAGGAGUCAGCAAAAUGUGAAUGAAAUGGAAGAGGGCAGGGGAGAGAAAAUCUGCCAGCCUGCGGUCCUGUGGCGGAAGAAUUAAGCGGGUCUCUUUUCACAUUAUCGCGAUAAUGAUUCAUCACGAACCCCCCGCUAAAUUAUCGCGCAUUCAGUUUGAGCGAGAACUGAAGGCGAUCUACAAAGUUGCAUCGAUAUUGCCCCCGACAAGUGCGAACUCGUUGCAUACAAAAAAAAACUUGCGAUGGCACUGCAGCGAAUAAUAUUCCUCCCUAUCCUGCAGUGGUUGGUAGCUCUAUAUGUCUUCGCCAGCCGCGACCGAAAGCGAUAAAUGUUGCGGUGGCUGAAAUAUGAACGCCAUUUGCGACCGUCACAAAUGUGAAACUAAUUUACCCUAACUAUGCUUCCAGUAUCGCCUCCUAGGCAUUCGGGGGCAGGAACCUUGCCACGGUGAUCGAUGAUCCUUCCGUAGAAGAUCAACGACCACGGACUCCGUGGGCACAUAAUUCGAAACCGCAACCCAUGAAGAUCGGUUGAGCGAAACCAUCCACCAAGCAGAUCUUCUUUGGUGAGGUUACAUCGUCGUUGAGUUCGGUGAACACUUUGGGUGGGCACUGUGCGAUAACCGAUUUCCAGGAAAAUCGCCGUCGCUCCUUGUUACUGCUAGAAUCGGCACGAUUCUGUAUUUAUUUCCCGUUUUGUCUACUGAAACUAGAACCGCCGUCUGGUAAUCACUGAAAAUGUAGUAAUUUGAACCAAGGCAUGAUUUUAGGCAAAUGAAGCUAUUUUGCAUACUGGAAUCGGGGUUUUUUUAUCUAUUUAUCUAACUUACCAACGCACAGUGGGACUUUGUUACCGAAAAGAUUGAGGUUGGGUGUCUUCAGAAAAGUUCUUAAUAUUGAUCAAUAUUGAUCCGGAGAAUUGAACAUUUUCAUUUCAUCUAAGUUAGAAUGAAACUAACUUUUUGUACUUACGGAUAGCUAAGUUCUGUCUCGAGCAGCAUUGUAGAGCAAUCAUGAAACAUUGUUGAUGAGACAUAAUUUAUAUCUCUUAGUUGUGCAUAGAUAUAACUGUUUUUCCUAGAAGACUACAUUGAAAUUAGUCUUCUAAUUAAGUUCUACCUAAGUUACACUAUAUCACCUCAACAUCUUUUAUGAAGUUUGGGACACUGAUAGUUUUCAAUGACACUUCUGUGAUAUAGGCUUGCGUACCAAUGGACUUUUCGGGCACAUAACUUUUUAUGUCAAUUUUUGCAGCGCUUACUUACUGUAAGAGUGAAUGGGGCUUAUAAAACCGUUUUAUAUUAAGACUAGAUGACCCGGCAAACGUUGUUCUGCCAAAUAAAUUAUUUCCAAUGAAUAUUUUGGUGAUUGAAUGAACAAUAAUAUAUUGUAAGUAUGUUUGAAUGGUUUUACGUUUUUGAUUCAUUCGUUGAUGAAGAUCAAACGAAUAUGUGGUGAUAAGAGCUAUGACAUACAAAGGAAUUGAGCGCUUUAUGCGAAGACCGCCGGCAACAAUAAAAAAAACAAAUCAUUCAAACCAUCUUAUAUCAAUGUGUUUCAUUCACUUAACUGAUGUGUAUGAUAUUAACACUUUAUAAUAUGUAAAUAAGUAAAAAAUAAAUAAUGUUAAUAAGUAAAAUGUGAUGUGAAAGAAAGUAAUAUAUUUUUGUCUUAAAGUUGAAAAUGGAAUAAAAAAAAUCAAUAUUAUUUUGUUUAAUUACGGUCUCGUUAGUGAAAAAUAGGUUUUCUGAAUGGACAGCCGAAUUCAUGACUGUUGGGUCCUGAUCAUGAAUUGUGGAACCGAAGAUAUGACAGACAACUUCAUUGGUGCUGAUAUACCGGCCAAUUUGUGCUCCCUUGGCCGAGUGGUUAGCGUCACAACUAACAUGCCGGAUGUUCGGGUUCGAUUCCCGUUCUGGUCGGGGGAAUUUUUCGUCAAAGAAAUUUCCUCCGACUUGCACUGUGAUCACGCGUAUUCUAGAGCUUGCCACUCAGAAUGCAUUCAAGGCGUGUUACUUGGCAUAGAAAUCUCAACUAAGUACAAAUAAAAAAUGACGCAAGUAAUACUACGUUGAGACGGCAAAGUUCCUCUAGGAACGUUAGUGCCAUUGAAGAAGAAGAAGAUACCGGCCAAUUUGUUGGCGCCUUAUUUCGUCGUUGUCAUUCAAUCGAGAAGUAGUCACAUCGAUAUUCUGAAUUUGCACACAGCCAUAUUGCUUCCCUCAUUCACGGACUUUUAUUUGUAUUUACCGCAUUUCGCCGAACAGCGGAACUCAACAUUAAUAUGAACAUUGAAUGUUUUGCUCAGCGUAGGCGAAUAUGGUACUACCCAACGAUUUCCAGUCCGUCAACGUCGGCGUUACUGAUAUUUGUUUCUUCGUUUUCAUAUUGGAUACCACCCUACCUUUGAGAUCGUUUUUUCCAUCUGCAACGUAAGGCUGUAAAAGUUUCAGAUCACCGUAUGGCUUAUUAACAUAGCAACGGUCCUUCACGUGCCCCCAGAGGAAGUAAUCGACAACGAGAAAUGUUUAAAUUCUUACUAUAAGAGGACAAAGUUUCAUUGAGGCUUCGGUUGCUCGAGUAAUACGAUUUCACUAAAAAUACACGCUCUUGUAAAUUGUACAUCUUGACACUAACAACCAUCCGAUCAGACUGAACGAGUAGCCGAAUAUUAUCGACGGAGCGAAAAAAGUUUUAUAAGGAGCUAUUCGAUUUUUUUGCGUGGGCGUUGAAUCUGAAAGACUCUGUAAUUUUAGAAGAUAAAUAAAGCAUUUUCUUGGAAAACACAAAUUACCGCUAUAUAUUUGACAGAAUGUACACUCCGUCUACAACUUCACCACGAUAUACAUAUACCUCAUUGAGCUUCAACCAAGUCAACCCAAGCUCCAGUGCGAACCCGAACCCAAGCUAGGUUACGAUCGACAUUUCAUAGCAAACAAGCAGAUCCAACUCUGAUACUAAUUAUCAAGUAGAACUUAAACUAAAAAACCGGGAUUAAGUUCUCUUCCAAUAAAAACAGUUAUAUCUCUUAAGAACUAAGAUAACGUAUUUUCAGGAAAGAUUCAUGGAAUUCAUAACUCUACUAUUUUGUGCAGUGUUUUGUCGCGUGCGAACGCAAUUGGUGGAUGCCAGACAAUUUUCACAAAUAUCUUUACAAUCGUGCUUAACGAACAAAAAUAGAGAUUGAAUAGCUAAAUUUUUAAUUUUGUUCACAUAAUAUUUAUUCUUAUCUACAGAAUGAAUAUUAUGAAAACUCAGCCGACUCAUUAUAUUUAUUGCAAUAAAUUCAAAAGUAAUACGUGUACGGAAAAGAAAGCGGUUAUCAAUAGCGUUCACAGUGGCUGUCCCUAUUGUGAGAAUUUCCCGGUUGAACCAUGGAUAUAGUAUAGAAAAAAUUAAUAUGCGACACCUUUGGAAAAUUAUUCAAAUGCGAUUGAGAACAAAUGCUUUCUUUG